GAAACGCGGAAAUGCUUUGCUAUGAUCUGAGCGGCCAACACAGCUGCAAAGGUGCAGGUUCGUGAAUGUAAUAGGAUGUGUUGUGGCUAAAAGCAUAAAGUUAACCACCUAACUAUUUAACAUCAUGAACUCGUAUCUUAUUACAAACAGAAAAACGAGCCUGUAAUUAAUUUCAGCCUCUCUGAAGUGUUUCGCUUCCGUCGCAGGAGAGGAAAUGAAGACGAUAGUAACAUUGAGUGCCGCAUUCAAAGCCCCCUUGUUCCCACUGAUGUCCACAGAUCCCGCCUCCAAGGUGAAGCACACCUAUCAGUGAUGGUUAUGGAGGAUGAUGGACGUCCCCACAGCCAAUCAGAGCCAGACACCCUGUCAGCCUUGGGUGGGCCAGAACGGCUGGUCCCCAGCUUCACCCCAAGGACCCCCCUGCAACCCUCUGCCCAGCUUUCAGCAUCUUAGCCUGGGCUCACCUUCAGAGCAGAGACCCUGCUACGACCACUUGCAGACGCCCGACCAGAGCUGCCAGAGCGACCUCACCACCUUUUCUUCCAGAAACAACACCCAUCACAGCACGAUAUAUGCCAACAAUGCUGAUCAGAGUGUGCAGCGAAACAUUCCUGAUGUUCUUGUGUCAUCCUCGAUUCCAGCUACGAGCCAAGGAAGAAGUAUACCUCCGUGUUCCCUGCCUCUUAUGAAGGAAGGGGCGCAGCCUUGCAAGCCACAUCAAAUGCUAUUUCACUCCCCUUACAGCCCUUACCAAGCAAUAUCUCCCCAUUUCCAGUCUCCAUACACACACCCAUCACUGAAUGGACCUCAGUCACCACAUCAAAAACAUCUGGCCGUCAACUCUCCAUCAUUUGGACAAUGUGCAAACCAGAGUCCACAGUGUGCACCUCAGCCUGCAUUUGACAGGGCAAACUUGGAGUCCUCUGUUGGCUACACCCACGAUCAUGCCCCCACCUCUCCUAUCCAACAGCAGCCUCAGUGGACACUUCCACCACACUCUAAAGGAUCCAUAAACGAGUUUGUUCCCAACACGGCUGCACAGGACAGGAACAUCACGCCACAGUCUCCUAACUCUGAGUCUCGUUAUGGCCUGGACCCAGAGCUCCUGCCCAGUGCUGUGAAGGUGAUUGCAGAGGACAGGGCAGAGUGGGAGGGCAAGGUCUUCGUCUCAGAGCCUUUUUCCCGUCUUCCUCCUCUGGCAACGACUUCCUGUAUCAUAGAGGACAAGGGUAAUGCGAGUCCUUUGGCCAUCCGCUCCAUCUCGUACUGUGUGCCCUGUGAAGGGCAGACCGCCCUGCUUAGCCGUCUGCCGCUGGGAGCUUUGGUCUCCCCACUGGCAAAACAAAAUGCUGGAGAGUCCCUGCCAGUGUGCAAAGAGCCAGAGUGUGUUAUGGGUUGUGGUUGUUGCGGAGCCUCCAUGUGCCCGGCGAUGGGCUGGCAGGACUGUGGUCAGAGGUUUUACUGCCCCUUCUGUGGUAAACUCAGUGAAGUGCCAUGGCAACACUACCAGCCCACCAAAGGGGUGGAGGGAGUUCGGGUGGAUAAAGACCAGAGGCCUGAGCUCAGUAUGGGGUCAUAUGAGAUACUAAAUUCUCAGAAGGGGGAACCUGCUGCACUGCUUCUAGCUAUAGAUGUCUCCGCUUCAGCGCUGAGAGGAGGACAUUUGGAGUUCGUAACACAACAAAUACUCACUCUGCUCACCUCUCUGAAGAGGGAGGAUGGCGAUGCCUUGCCAGACGUCCGCAUUGGUUUGAUGACGUAUGACAGCAGGAUCCACCUGUAUAACCUCAGCCCCGCCCUGUCCCGCCCACACAUGCUGGUCAUCACAGAGACAGAAGACAUGCAGCUUCCUGUGAGGGAGGGGCUUCUGGUGUCCCUGCAAGACUGCAUAGACAGUAUUGACAGUGUGUUGCAGCUUAUUCCUCAGUUUAGUCCAGAGUGCGAUGACUCUAGCGGCGUUCCCAUGGAGCUGCCUGUCAAAGCAGGACUAGCUGUGCUGCAGGCCCUGGGCUGUCCAGGCAAGCUGCUGAUCUUUCAUACUGCCCCUCUGACAGAGAUGGGAAACACAAACUCGUCCUCAGGGUUCUUUGGCGCUAACAAACCAAAGUCAAUCUUUCAGCCGUCAGAGCUUCCUGUCUCAUUGGCCAAGGAGUGUGUCAGUCAGGGCUGCAGCGUUCACCUGUUCGUCCUCUCUCAGCAAGAUGUGGGCGGGGCUUGGCCAGGACACAUUCCAUAUCUAACAGGUGGAGCUCUGCACACCUAUGGCCACCUCCAGGGAGAGUUGGACAGAGAGCGUUUCAGCACUGACCUAAAGAGGAUUGUAGAGGCGGACACAGGCUACAAGGCUGAGCUCAGGAUUUUUGUCAGCAAAGAUCUGCGUGUGUCCGGCUGUUACGGACUUUUUAUCCCCGGGCCCAGCCCCAGCCACGUGACCAUGGCGACUCUUAACUGCCUUACAACACUGGCUGUGGAGCUUGCUCACACCAGAGCUGUGGAUGAGACGAGAGGCGUCACCAUACAGGCUGUGUUGUCUUACAGCACGCAGACAGGAGAAAGGAGGACCAGGGUUCACACUCUGACCCUGCGAUGCUCACGUCACCUGCAGGACGCUUUCCGGCAGUACCAGGCCCAAACACUACUCACCUUCUACUGCAAAAAGAUUUACUGUGCAGUGUUGGAGCGCCCUUUACAGGAGCUGAGGGGGGAACUGCAGACAGAGGUAACAGAAGCGUUGGCGUCCUACCGCAAACACUGCUGCUCUGCUUCAGUGUCCGCUGGACAGCUGGUCCUCCCUCAGUACCUGCGAGCUCUUCCUGUUUAUAUCAACAGUCUGAGAAAGAGUGAGGUGCUGCUGCCGGGCCUGAGGAGCUCCGUCCACCAGCGGCUGCAGCAGCGCUGCCAGGUGCUCAGCAUGGACACCUGCAGCACCUCCAAACACUUCUACCCACUGCUGCUGCCUCUGCCGCUGUCAGUCGACAGCACCAACUCUCCAAACCCAGAAGAAGCAUUGCGCUGCUGUGCUGCCAGCCUGGAGCCCAGAGGUCUGUAUUUGAUUCAUGCACCCCUCACCCUGCUGCUCUGGGUGGGCACCCAAGUCCCAGCAUGCACGCUAGUCGAGCUCUUCAACACCAGUUGCUUCUCCUCCCUGCCCUCUGGAGAGACAAAGCUGCCAGUUCUUGAAAACCCUCUGUCCAUCAGGGUCCGAUCCCUCAUCAACACACUGAACUCUGAGGCACCUUGUGCCCGCAAGCUGUGGGUGGUGAAGCAGGGUGACACCUGUGAGGAGGCCCUGCAACGCCACCUGGUGGAGGACAAGAGUCCCAACGGAGGAGCGUCCUAUGCCGACUUCCUUUACCACCUCCACGUCAACUCCGUCAAGCUUCUGCAGUGACCUGACACACACACACAAACAUAUGUUUUCUGACCUCUCUGGGUGCAUUAUCUUCUACAAAAGAUGACACUGCGGCAUAUUUUCUUCAAAAAAAAAAAAGAACAACAGACAGAUGGAAACAAAAAGUAUUACUAGACAUUAUUAUAAUGUGGAAAUAUUAAAGGCCUGUUGUCAGGCGGUGCAUGGAGGCAUAGUUUUGUUCAUUUAAUGACUGUGAUAUGUGUGACGUGCUCUCCUGAAAAUGUGUUUAUGAUGUUAAUUUAUUCCUGCGUCACGGCAAUUCUCUAAUCCCUGCCUGAGAUUUGCGUGUGUGUGUGUGUGUGUAUGAAUAUAGAUGUGUAAAUAAAGGCCUUCGGUGAAAACGA